AUGGGUCUCCCGUCGAAACCCGUGGGAAUCGGAAAGAUUCCAACCUCGGACUAUAAAACCCCAUUUACGGACUACUCUCGAUGGCGUCUAAAGGACGACCAUGGUCGUCAGACAUGGCAUUACCUCUCUGAGGCUGAAGCAAAGAAAUGGAAGCAGUCAACUGCAGACAAGUACUUUCUUGGCUUAAAUACCGAACAACCCGAACUAGCGCCCCCGAGAACCCCGUUGGAUGUCGCCCGUAAUGGGUUGACCUUCUUUUCAAAACUGCAAUUGCCCGGUGGUAACUGGGCAUGCGACUACUCUGGUCCCAUGUUCCAACUUGCGGGGAUGGUAAUGUGCUGGUAUUCGACUGGAAUCCCGUUCCCAGAAGAUUGGGCUAUUGAGAUCAUUCGGUACCUAUGCAAUCGUGCACACCCCGAAGACGGUGGUUGGGGUUUGCAUACCGAAGGCGAAAGCUCCGUGUUUGGUACCACAAUCAAUUACACAACCCUUAGGCUCCUAGGGAUGCCAGCGGAUCAUCCUGUCGCAGUGAAGGCGAGACAGAAGCUCCACGAGAUGGGAGGAGCAUUGGGUGUUCCCCAUUGGGGUAAGGCCUGGCUUGCAAUGAUAGGUUGCUUUGAGUGGGAAGGAAUGAACCCUAUCCCGCCAGAACUCUGGCUACUUCCUGACUGGAUUCCUCUGCACCCUUAUCGGUGGUGGAUUCACACUCGCGCUGUCUACCUCCCGAUGUCUUAUAUCUGGUCGAAACGUCACUCUCGACCUUUGAAUGAUCUAACCCGUGCUCUCCGUGCGGAACUCUUCAUUCAGCCUUAUUCAUCCAUAAACUUCGCUGCUCACCGUAACACCAUCCGCGCUGAAGACAUAUAUCACCCACAUACCCUCGUUCUCGACCUUUUCAAUACUGCCUGCACAUUUUGGAGUAAAUAUUUACUCCCCAAUUGGUUAAAAAAAUGGGCAGAAGACUAUGUAUAUUCUCUGGUUGUCCGAGAGGACGAAAAUACACUCUACGUAAACCUCGGCCCCGUCAACAACCCACUCCAGAUGUUGUGUCGCUAUAUUGCAGAAGGUCCUGAUAGUCCCGCGGUCCUCGGCCAUAUGGAUCGUCUCCAGGACUAUCUCUGGGUCAACGAAGAAGGCAUGCUGCUUAAUGGUACCAACGGUGUCCAGGUUUGGGAUACUUCGUUUGCUGUUCAAUCCGUUGUUGAAUGCGGUUUCUCGACUCAACCCGAAUGGAAAGACAUGCUCAACUCGGCCCAUCAAUUUUUGGAAGACCAGCAAAUCUCUCUAGAGAUUAGUGAUGAAAAGCAGAAAUGCUACCGACAACAACGCAAGGGUGCUUGGGCUUUCUCGACUCGUGAUCAGGGUUAUACAGUCUCAGAUUGCACAGCAGAAGCACUGAAGGCUGUUAUACAGAUCCAAAUGACACCAGGAUUUCCAGAGCUUGUCUCAAACCAAAGAAUGAGAGACGCCGUCGACGUCAUGUUGGCAUUGAGGAACCCAAGUGGAGGGUUCGCCAGUUACGAAGUUAUCAGAGGCAUCAAACAAUUAGAAUGGUUCAAUGCUGCGGAGGUUUUCGGGAGAAUUAUGAUUGAGUAUGAAUACCCCGAAUGCACAACAGCCGUAGUAACAGCAUUGGUCUAUUUCCAAAAAGUAGAUAAAGUCUAUCGCGCUGAGGAAAUCAAGCAGACUAUCAAGAACGCUGUUGAUUGGAUUAUAUCUGCUCAAAGGAAAGAUGGAAGCUGGGAGGGCUCCUGGGGUAUCUGCUUCUCUUACGCUAUGAUGUUUGCUCUUGAAUCUCUCCGUCUAGUUGGAUAUACCUAUGAAUCCUCGGAACGAGUUCGUCUGGCCUGCCAGUUUUUGGUGGACAAGCAGAUGCCUGACGGAGGGUGGGGUGAAAGUUACAUGAGCUGUGUAAAGGGCCAGUGGAUCGACCAUGAGAAGAGUCAGGUCGUGAAUACUAGUUGGGCUUUGAUCGCUUUACUUCAAGCUGGAUACCCAGGAAAGGAGGUUAUCAAGAGGGGUGUUGAUCUAUUGAAGAGCCGGCAGCAAAAAAAUGGGGAGUGGCUACAGGAAGGUAUUGAGGGUGUGUUUAACAGAAGCUGCAUGAUUACAUAUCCUAACUACAAGUUCGCGUUUCCGAUCAAGGCUUUAGGGAUGUAUGCGGCGAAGUAUGGCGACGAAAAGCUUUGGUAG